AAUAAACCUGUUCAACAUUCCUUUAUGUGGAUUCCCCCGUGACUGGUCAGACGUAUCUCGUCUAUAUAAGCAAACGCGAAGCACCCUUUCCGCCCAUUGCAGUCUCAGUUUCUCAGCGGAUUAAACUCAGAGAGAUUUAAUAAAAAUGUGGGCACUUUAUCUAGCGUUGGUUGUGUUAAGCGGAAGCACAAUAGCAUUUCCACAGACGGACAAUGGUUUUGUUUUCGACGGUCCCGUGUCGCGACCUUCCACAACCAUGAGGUCCUCCACAGCUGCAGAUCCCAUGGUUACGACAACAUCCACGAGCGCACCUACGACAACGGCAACCCCAGAUCCUCAACUUCAAGCAUGCAUCAGGACGUGUCCUACGACGCCAGAAUAUAAUCCGGUUUGCGGAACGGACCGUGUGACGUACGAUAAUCCUGGACUGAUGAGUUGCGCGGCCUUCUGCGGCAAAGACGUCACGCGCAGCUAUUACGGACCCUGCACAUCUUCACCCGCUAGAGGAUAAUCCUUCGUUGGUUGGUCAGACUAGAGUCUGGUUGUAUAUUCCUUCACCGUGCCGUUGCGAAUAAAUAAACAUGUAGAUAACAAUAAUCUUUAUAAGUGAUUUAUUUUUAUAAAUCUAGUCUAAACAUCAA